GCCGCCGCGCCGGCACUGACUCCCGCUCAGUCCUGCUGCCUGGGCGGCCCCUCCCAGCCCGGGAUCCUCCCGCGGGGCGCGUCGCCCCAAGGCGAAUUAGAAGAGAAACGGAGACUGAGAGGGAGAGCGCCGAGAGCAUGCGGAGGCGGAGGAGCCUCGGCGCGCUCGGCAGAGGGGUGUAGUGAGUCUGUCUCCCCAAGGCGUGCGAGAGAGGCGGCGUUUCGCCCUCGCGGCGGGUCCCUAGCCCACCCUACCCGGGCUCCGGCGCGCUGCGGCUGCGGGCGCGAGGUGCAUGGAAGCGGCGGCUGCGGUGGAGGAGGCGGCGGCUGCCCCAUGGAGUGUUACUACAUUGUCAUCAGCUCCACGCAUCUCAGCAACGGACACUUUCGCAACAUCAAGGGAGUUUUCCGGGGCCCUCUCAGCAAGAACGGGAACAAAACUCUGGAUUAUGCUGAGAAGGAGAACACCAUAGCAAAAGCUCUGGAAGAUCUGAAGGCCAAUUUUUACUGUGAACUCUGUGACAAGCAGUACCAUAAGCAUCAAGAGUUUGACAAUCACAUUAAUUCAUAUGACCACGCUCACAAGCAGAGGCUCAAAGAACUGAAACAAAGGGAAUUUGCUCGAAAUGUAGCAUCUAAAUCCAGGAAAGAUGAAAGAAAACAGGAAAAGGCACUCCAACGCCUGCACAAGCUGGCUGAGCUAAGAAAGGAAACUGUGUGUGCUCCUGGAAGUGGCCCCAUGUUCAAGUCAACAACUGUUACUGUGAAAGAAAAUUGUAAUGAAAUUUCCCAAAGAGUUGUUGUGGAUUCAGUUAAUAACCAGGAAGAUUUCAAAUAUACUUUGAUUCACAGUGAGGAGAAUACUAGAGAUGUUACCACUGUUGCAGCAGAUCCAGAAAGUGCAAAUAAUUAUACAGCAAAAAAUAACCAAAUUGGGGAUCAAGCCCAAGGAAUUCACAGACACAAAAUUGGCUUUUCUUUUGCAUUUCCAAAGAAAGCAUCUGUGAAGCUGGAGUCUUCAGCUGCAGCCUUCUCCGAAUACAAUGAUGAUGCCUCUGUGGAAAAAGGAUUUAGCAGAAAAAGGAGAUUUGUCCCUGGUGCUUGUCAUCUUCAACCAUCUUCACCAACAGAUGUGCUUUUGAGUUCUGAGGAGAAAGCUAACUCUUUCCAUCCACCAGAAGGAAUGUGCACUGACAAAGAAACUGCUCACACACAAGAGAUGAAAAAAGUUUCUAGUGAAAAAGAUACAUUUUUAUUACCUUCAUUUUGCCAGUUUCAACUCCCUUUAUCUUCUGAUGCAGAUAAUUGCCAAAAUUCGGUCCCAUUAGCAGAUCAAAUACCACUGGAAGAUGUUAUUAUUAAUGAAGACAAACCUAUGAGUGAUAACAGUUCUGAAUUGUUGGGAAAUAAAUCCACAGUUCUUGAUUUCACUAAUGAUUGCAUAUUUUUGCAAGCUACAACAGAGGAAAAUGUUAAGGACAGUGAUGCAUCUACAGUUGAAAUUGCAAACAAAAAUUAUGGCCCUGAGAUGUUGGCCCCUUCACAUUCUGAAGAGGAAACUAUAACCUUACAUAAAAAAACAGAUUUAUCUAAGAGACCACGUGAGCCAUUUGUACCCGUACUUAACAAAGAUGGAUCCACAAUCCUUCAGUGGCCAUCAGAAAUGCUGAUUUACACAACUACGCAACCAUCAAUUUCCUAUAGCUGUAAUCCUCUCUGUUUUGACUUCAAGGCGGCUAAAUUAAACAACCAUCUAGAUAAAAAUAAGCUGCCCUUAAAUGAUCUUUCUUUUCAGCAGAGGGGAGAAGACAUUUGCAAGAGACCAGUUUCAGAAUGCAAGAACACCUCUCUUGUAGGACUCGCCGAUUAUGACACUGGAGGUAGCAGAAAUGAAUGCACCCAAGUCACUCCUCUUUUGGUUGCCGAUACUCCCUCCAAUAACUGUAAUUCUGGAAAAAUUGAGACUGUGGGUCAGAGGAACAGAAAUACUUCCUGUAGGAUCAGAAGAACAAAAAAAUACAAUUUUACUAAAAAUCAAAUGAAACAGGACACUCUAGAUGAGAAAUAUAACAAAAUAAGGUUGAAAGAUACUCAUGAACACUGGUUCCAUAAAAGUAGAAGGAAGAAAAAAAGAAAAAAGUUAUGUCAGCAUCAUCAUGGGGAGAAAACCAAAGAACCAGAAAAUCGCUUCAAAAUGGAAUCAGAAAAUAGUUACACUGAUAUAACUAGGAAAAAUCUGGAAACAAUUUCAGAAAAGCGGUGUCUAGCUGCAGAGCAAUUACUGGACUCGCAUCAGCUACCUGAUAAAAGGCCCAAAUCGUUGUCCAUAUGCUUAAGUGAAAAUGAAGAAAUAUGUAAAGCUCAGAACACUGAAUAUGAUAGUAAUGAUGCUGUCAGUUCUAAAAAUCACUGUACAAAGAACUCAGUUGUUUUAAAUGAACAAUCCAAUCCAACAAUGCUACAUUCUGGGAAACCUAAUUUAACUUACUCCAGAACUUACUGUAGUUGGAAAGCUAAACUGGCCAGCUGUGGUCAGGAUCACAGAUGCCUCGCUCUUCAAAACGACAUGAGCUGCCUGGGUCAGAACCCGGCUGUCAAAAGAGGCUAUAAUUCUCUCAUUAACGAAUCAGAAAGAUCCCAUCGAAAACGUAGACAACAUUCAUGUUCUUACUCUUCAGAUGAAAGCUUAAAUCGACAGAAUUAUUUACCAGAGGAAUUUCUGAGACCGCCCCGGGCUUCCGCUCCCUGUAAGCCUAAAAGGAAACGGAGGAGAAAAAGAAGCAGAUUCCACAUCGGACCCGAAGCUUUUGAACUCAAAGACAACACCCAUUAUCCCAGGAAAGGCAAUUCUUCCUCACGUCACCAGGAUGAGUUAGUAAGUGAGGACAAAGACGGGGAAAUAAAGGCACAGGGAACUGCGACUGCGGAGAGGAACCCCGACCCAGCAGAUCAGGCGGAAGACCAGCAGACCUUGCACCUGGGCAGCCCCGUUGCUCCCGAAGCCCGCGGCGAGGCUGAGCGUUCGGUGAUGGCGGCCACUUCCGGGGAAGCGGCAGACAUUUCCCAUGAACACGCCACAUCUGGCCACGUAGCCUGUGCCCCAACGGAGGAAGAAACGGACAAUGCCUUGCUGGGACGGCAAGAAAGAAGUGAGGAUAUAAAUAUUCACGAGAAGCAAAUUCCUUUCAAGGUGCCUAAUCCUGAGAGGAGCCUGAGGCAGUCACAGCCGAAAUCAUACCUCUGCCAUUACGACCUGGCCGAGGCCCUUCCGCCAGGAAAGGUGAACGAGGCAUCGACCGAGUGGCUGCGUUUUAAUUCGGGAAUCCUUAACACACAACCGCCCUUACCGUUCAAGGAAGCACCCGUCAGUGGUCACACCUUUGUAACGACAGAGCAAAUCCUGGCUCCAUUAGCUUUACCUGAACAGGCACUACUGAUCCCAAUAGAAAACCCUGAGAAAUUCCGAAACCUGCCCUGUGAGGUCUACCAGCACAUCCUGCCGCCCAACACGCUGGCCAACAAGGUCAAAUUUACUUUUCCUCCAGCGGCCCUCCCACCGCCCAGCACACCUCUGCAGCCUUUGCCUCUGCCUCAGCCCUUCUGUUCUACCUCCGUAACCACUCUCCACCACGCUGUU